AUGUCCUACAGAUCAACUCGUUCCUCCGAGCAGCAAAGUGUAUCUUUCGAGGAGGCCAUCAUCACCGGUCUGGCAACCGAUGGGGGGCUUUUUAUCCCGGCUGAGAUUCCAAAACUCGAUGAUUCGUUCCUGAAAGAAUGGUCAGAACUCUCUUUCCAAGAACUUGCGUUCAAGAUCAUGAGACUCUAUAUCAAAGAGUCCGAGAUUUCAAAUGAUGACCUCAAGAGCCUGAUUACCAAAUCCUACUCAACCUUCAGAUCCAAGGAUGUUACGCCUCUGGUUCCUCUUGACUCGAACCAAAACUUAUAUCUUUUGGAGCUAUUUCACGGACCGACCUACGCUUUCAAAGACGUUGCCCUACAAUUCGUUGGUAACCUAUUUGAGUUUUUCCUGACUAGGAAGAAUGCCGCUAAGAAAGAAAACGAAUCGAGAGACAUAAUCACCGUCGUGGGUGCUACUUCGGGUGACACUGGAUCUGCCGCUAUUUACGGUCUCAGAAACAAGAAAGACAUUUCUGUGUUUAUCUUGUACCCAACUGGAAGGGUUUCGCCGUUGCAGGAGCGCCAGAUGACCACUGUUUUGGACGACAACAUCCACACUCUCUCAGUUAACGGUACUUUCGACGACUGCCAGGACCUCGUGAAAAAAGUGUUUGGUGACAAAGAAUUCAAUGACAAGUACCACGUUGGUGCAGUGAACUCUAUCAACUGGGCUAGAAUAUUGGCUCAGAUGACUUACUACUUCUACGCAUAUUUCCAGCUUUCUAGGCAACUUCCUGAAUCUGAAAAGUCGAGUUUCAAGGUGAAGUUUAUAGUUCCAAGUGGGAAUUUUGGUGACAUUCUCGCCGGAUUUUACGCUAAGGAGAUGGGCCUUCCAGUCGAGGAGCUGGUUGUUGCUACGAACGAAAAUGACAUUCUCGAUAGAUUUUUGCACAGUGGGAAGUACGACAAAGCUCAAGUCAAAGAGACCUACUCUCCCGCAAUGGACAUUUGUGUCUCAUCCAACUUUGAAAGAUUUUUGUGGUAUAUGAUCAAAAGAACCAGCGGUUCAAACAGUGACAUGAAAACUGGUGAAAUCCUCUCCCAAUAUAUGAAGGACUUGGCAUCAAAUGGUGUUUUUCAGGUUUCUCCAGAGACUUUGAAAUUGGCUCGGGGUAGCUUGGAUUCUUCCAGAGUGUCGAAUGAGGACACAGUGAAAACAAUCAGGGAAAUAUACGCAAAGACUUCCAAUGAUUACAUCCUUGAUCCUCACACAGCUGUCGGAGUGGCUACUGCACUUAGAAAGAUUGCCGACGAUGGCAAUGAUUUGAAUCAGAAGUACAUUUCGCUCUCUACCGCACAUCCAGCCAAGUUUUCUGAGGUUGUGAAUCAGGCUUUGAGUGAAUUCGAGGGUUAUUCAUUCGAAAAGGACGUGCUUCCGGACGAGUUGAAAAAGCUGUCCUCCAUGCAAACCAAGAUCACACAGGUAGACAAAAUUGACCUCAAGGUUAUCGAGUCUAUCAUUGUCAGCGAGCUCGAAAAGGAGGGCAAAAAAUAG